AUGCAUCAUUCUAUAGGGCCAGACACACAGCAAGCACGGUAUCAUGAGGGCGAGACGGCCACGUUGGAUAUUGCACUACACCUUGUAGGGAAUGGCGAUGCAGAUAUUCUGGGCCUCUCAUUACAAAGGUUCACAGAUUUUCCUGUGGACACCCCAUUUUUGGACAAUGCGUUCCAUUCUUGUAAUUUUCCACCUGAUUUCAUCGUUCAGGAAGGCUUGCAUGAUACGGUACCUACCAAAACACCCGAUUACAACGAUCCUAUGAGUGAUAUUAUGUUCCGGGCUUGCACAACGCUUGAUAACGAUAGCACCUCAAUAGAACCGAGCCCAGAGAAUACGUCAUCAGUUUCUGAGCAACCAGUUGUUGGUGGAUCUAAUGACGUGUUCCUUGCCCAUACUGCGCAAUCGUCUCCAGAGCAAUUCGGGAGUCAAAACACUAGCGGAUGGCAGGAGGAUAUUGAAGAAGACGACUUAAGCCACCUUCUUCUACAAUCGGCUUCCGGUUUUAUAAACUAUUUGGGCAAGUCCGAACUUUAUGGUGCGUUACAGUCUCGAUUCUGUGGCUGCCAGCUGCUGAAUCCGCCGCUAAUUCGUCGUCUCAAGUCGAUUCCUGGCACGGAGCUAGGUCGAAAAUUUAUAAGCGACGUGACUGGGUCGACGUACUUUUCAGAUCAUAUAACAGCUUUCCUCGAGAAUUGGUCUCCCAGUACUCCGAAUAUCAGUGAACAUAGCACAUACGAUAAAUCUCGUUUGCCAUCUUACGAAGUUGCACAAUCUUGGAUCGACUCUUACCUCGAUUCAGUCCAAUGUACUUAUCCUAUACUCGACAAGUCAAGCUUCAUGGCCGAGUUCUAUAGAACUUACGAAUAUCUUUCUCCGGAAACUGAUCCUGUAUGGUGCGCAGUGGUCAACACUAUCCUUGCCACAGGCUACCGUGCUAAUCCUAGCUCAAACGAGGACCAAUAUUGUAACCUUUUUACUAAUGCUCUAGGUCUCUUUGAUAGAGUCGCGCUAUUGAUGUGUUCACUCCGGAAAGUUCAAACUUUGAUGCUCAUGUAUCUUUUUGUCAGCUCUACUUGCUUACCACACUGGGGAUAUACAGUCCUAGCUUUGGCGGUCAAGGAGGCUCAAGCCAUUGGACUCCGAACAAGCCCUUAG